GUUUAAAAAAAAGUUAUUUCCGUGUGCAUUUGUUCAACAAAAUGGAUGAUAAAGGAUCAAAGUUAGAUGUGUACAAGUAUAGGCGUCGAUCAGAUAGGAACAAUUUUUCUACGAUCCCUUCUAUUGUUAAUCGCCGUCCAGAUAUAUUCACUAAUAUACAGUACGAAAUAAACGAAGAGAAGAAACAGAAAACCUUCGCCAUAUUACAAGAAACCAGAACUGAAUUUACUAGGAGCAAACUGCGUUCAAUUCUAUUAAUAUACUCCGAUCCUCUAUGGAAAGUAUUCAUUCUUACAAUCAUCUUCACGGAAUAUAUCUUGGAUACAUGCAUAUAUACAUUUUACGAGCAAAAAGAGAGACCAUUAUGGAUUGUUGCGGUUAUGUUAUGUUUAAACUUUAUAUUUACUUUAGACGUAGUCAUCAUUUUUGGUUUGAAAUUCUUCAAGAGAUGGAGAAAAACAUUAAAUUUAGUGGAACCAGAAACGAUUCGUGUAACUUUGGAUGUUAUACUCGCUAUGCCAUACACAUUUUUGUACUUAUUAACUUAUGAAACUUCAUAUUUUGACAUUAUUUCAAUUGCACCCAUCAUGGCAACAAUACGUGUUUACAGAAUCAUAGAAUAUUUUUACAAUAAAUCAUCGGAAGCAGGUAGCAACCAGUGGACCACGUUUCUAUUUCAGUAUCUUAUAUUAUUUCUGUUGUCUGUUCAUACAUGGACUUGCGUAUGGUAUCUGUUUUCAUAUAGAAGUUUUGAUAUACAUGAAAUUCACUCCUCGUGGUCAACCGCUGCAAUUUAUCUCCCAACAGAAGUCACCUUUGAUUGGUACUUCGUUUGCGCAUAUUGGUCGGUUAUGUUUCUCACAACAAAUGCACUUGGAGAUUUAUACCCAGUAACAACUAUGGAACGCGUUACAGCUAUCUUAGCUAUUUUAUUGGGGUUCUUGCUAACGACGAUUGUAUUCGUGGGAUCUUUAACAUCUUUAUUCAUAACUAUAACAACGAGACGUGCUAAGUAUGUGAGACAAAUGCAGAAAAUUCAAAAUUAUUUAGAAUUAAUCAAAAUGGAUAAAGAUACAACACGACGGAUUAUAAGAUAUUACGAAGACUUGUGGUAUCAAAAGUCAGGCGUUUUCCAACCAAAACUGUUGAAGUUACUACCGAGUCCACUGCAAAUGGAAAUCUGUUACGACUUGAACGCAGUACCGCUGUACAGCUCUUUAAUAUUCAGAAAGCUUCCUGAGGCGUUCCUUAGAAGACUGUCUCUGGAUAUGAGUCAUCAGUUUUACCUACCUGGUGAUAUUGUCUACAAUCAUAAUCAUAACAAGACUAUUAUGGUAUGUAUCACUAAUGGCGUUUUAGAAUUAUUAUCAGAUGAAGAUGAUGAAAGUCCAAUGAUUUCAUUUUCCAAGGGAACCUGCUUUGGUGAGAUAGCAUUGGUUUACAACAUACCAGCAAGAUGUACUGUAAAGGCAGCUACUUAUGUGGAGUGUCAAGUUUUGAACAAGACCAACUUCAUAAAGCUUAUGAUUACUUACCCUGACGUAGUGGAUAACAUAAGAAAAGAAUUACAGGAACGUAUAACGCGAUGUCGACGCAGAAAACAAAAACAGAACUUUUAUACUCCGUUGACCUUAAAUAUAUACGCCUCCAAAGAACGAAAAAGGAGCAGCAUCAAAUGUUUAAAAGAUAAAUUAAGGUAUAUUCAAGGUACAACAGAUGUAGACAUAACAAAGAAUGAUGAGCUAGACGAGAAUUGUUUGGAUCUAUACAUAUUAUCGGAACAUAUAAAAAAGAAUACCUUGAUGUUUACAUGUCUAAACUCAAAUUUCCCAUGGAUUUUAGAAUGGAAUUGCUAUUUGGUAUACUACUGGGAACACUAUAUGCUUAUGAUUGUGUCUUACAUUUGCUUGGUCUAUCCCUAUUAUAUAGGAAUUAGAAGAAAAUUUCCUGAGGAUGGCCUUUUCUUCUAUACUCAGAUUGUUAUAAUUAUAUCUUUGAUAUUUAAUAUUUUAAUGUCUUGUAUAACUGCGAUCAGAACGAAAAAGACUUAUUUGAAUAACUUUCGGCUUAUUCUGCAGUACAGAAUGGAUACUUUAGGAUUCUACCUGGAUCUUAUAGCAAUAAUACCAUUUGAAUACAUCGUAACAAUACGUAGAACAGUAAAUUACCACGAUAAUUACAUGGAUCAUUUAUUCUACUUGUGUAAAGGAGUCAAACUGUGUCUUGUGUGGAGAUUGUCAAACUUUUUUGAAAAUCUUGAACGAAAACUAUUGCUGAACACACUUAUAGUCAAGAUUUCAAAAUACUGUGUUUAUAUAUGCCUUUUGUGUUACUGGUGUGGUGUGAUUUUAUACAUGGAGGCAUGUUUUGUAAGCCGAUGCUCAGAAAAUUCGUGGUUUAGUAGAGCAUUAACUUGGGAAAAUGAAAUAACUGGUGUUACAACUAGCAAAACACAAUAUCCAAUUAUUACGUCUAUAUAUUUUGCUACCACUACUUUAUUGUCUGUCGGUUAUGGAGACUAUAUCCCAGGAGAUCAGUAUGAUAUGGGGUUUGUAGCAUUCCUAAGUCUUUAUGGAGUACUGCUGACUGGUUAUUGUAUAUCGGAAUUUUCGGCAGUCGUUACUCAUUGGUCAAGAACAAAGACAGCUUUUCUAGAAGUAAUAAUAACCAUAGACAGGUUCAUGGAAGAGAAUAAAAUGCAUUCAGCAAUAAGAUCCAGAAUAAUGGCUUUUUAUGAAUUACAAUGGCAAUAUAAUUCGGGAGUCGAGUUAACUGACGAAAACUGGCUAGAAAAUACUGUCGUACCUUCAGAGUUACGAAAGAAAGUGUUACAUCAAGCACGGUUCAAAGCUCUUACUGCCAUAAGAUUUUUCCAAGUGAAAAAUAAGGCUUAUAUUCAAACUUUAACUGAAACUGCAACAGAUAUCAUACUCCCACCUGGAGAAAUUGUGUACUACGGUGGUACAGUGAAUAGAGAACUAUAUAUUGUAGAAUGUGGGUACUGUAUAAUGACUUCCAAUGACAUGAGAGAAGCAAAAAAAGAACGUAUCAUUGGACCCGGCAAUCAUUUAGGAUUACUUGUGCUACUUUAUGGGGUACCUGCUGUUAGCACUGUCAUUACUUUGACACAUUGCAAGUUGAUAUGCAUAAGCCACUCUGCUUAUACAUCAGCACUAAGUCUCUUUCCCGAUAUGAAAGAACACGAAAAUCUAUUAUCAUCGGAAGAACUAAAUAAAAUACAAGACCAAGCUAAAUCUCAAAAUACAGGAACAUACUUGAAAGAUUACAAUAAACUAACAAUGAAAAGAGAACGGGUGAAAAUAACCAACGUAUUGCAAAGUUUUAUAAAUGAUUCCUUCAUUAAUGUCUUGAAGUACUAUAAAACAAGAAAAGAAAGUUACUGGAAAUCAUACAACCAAUUCAAAAUACUGAACAAUAUUGCUCCAUAUUUGUUGAUGCCAGGAGCCAUAAAGCCGGAUGGUCUAUUUUUAAAAACGUGGGCCAUCAUUCGAGUUAUCACUGCAUAUUUACUUUGCUUAUUAGUACCGAUUGUUAUUUCUAUGGCACCUCUAUAUGGCAUGUUCAAUACUACCAUAUUAGUUUUAGAGUCAAUCUGUUAUAUCGACGUUUAUUUGAUGCUUCACGUUGCUUUUUACGGUUCUAAAAACCAACUCAUUUACCAUCCUUAUUUGACAGCAAUAAACUAUCUCAAGGGUCCAUUUAUACUGGAUUUCCUCACUUGUCUACCCUGGUACGCGUCAUUGAUGUUAUUCGUACCAAAACACAACGAAGAUCAUGUAUACGAGGAACAUGAAAUUAAUCCACACAUUUAUCAUUGUAUAUUUCGGAUGAUUAAUGUUUUGCAAAUUUACAAACUUUACUCUGCUUUUUGGGCGGAAUCUAUCGGUGCUUUAAGAAGGGCGUAUUUGAUGAGCGUAGUUCAAUUUCUUUUAUUGUCAUUGUUCUUUUUAAAUCUAUACGCUUCAAUAUUAAUAAGGAUCUCAUGUAGAUAUAUAGUGGCUUCUGAUUCUCAUGACUUUACUCGAAGAAUAUCUAGUUUAUCUUUAGAAGGACCCUACAUUAAUUCUACGUACCACCCUGAUGGGAAUAUGAUAUGUCAGCGAGGAUCCUGGAUAGACAGGGCCAGUAUUCUAAAAGACGAAUAUCUAUCUCCAAUAAAAGUAUACCUGUUAGCUUAUUAUUGGUCGGCCACAAGCUUUAGUGGGGCCGGAUUUGGUGAUGUAACUGCCCAAGACACCACCCACAUGCUCUUGUCAAUUUGUAUCAACAUACAUGGCGUUUUAUUUUUUGGAUACGUAUACGCAAAAAUAGCCUCACUAAAAGCUGUGGCUGAUCAAGUAGUGACGAAAUUUCAAGAAAAUCUUAAACACUUAGAACUUUUCUUGAACAGAGAAAAAGUUGCAUUGUUGUUAAAGAAAAUGGUGCUUGAAUAUUGGAAAUAUCAGUGGAAAAGAACUGGUGGAUGGUCGCACCAAUCCAUACUGGGAAAAUUGCAUGCAAAUUUAAACGAAGACGCUGUAUUGUAUAUGUAUGAAAAGACCUUAAGAGAAAUACCUCUAUUCGAAGAUGUGGAGUAUUCCUUCUUUAGAGCAUUCGCAAAAAAAUUAAGGGAACAGUACUUUCAAAAAGGGUACAUGGUAAUGAGAUCCAACGAAGUUGUAAGCAUGAUGUAUAUUAUAUACCGUGGUAAGGUGGAUAUAGUUUCAGAUAAUAAUGAAGUUGAAGCAUGUAUGGGUCCAGGAGGCAUAUUUGGUAACAUUAGAGGCGCAUUUAAAUAUUUAACGAUGUCAAACGUCGUAGCAUCUCGAAACAUCGACUUGCUGUGCAUACAGGGUCGUGAAUUUUAUUCACUUUUAAAAAACUAUCCAUCAGUUUUUAGAAAAGUUAAAUAUUCUGUAGAUACUGCUAUUAAAGAUUAUGUACUGCCGACGGUAAUGUCAGAACGAACGAGCCUAGAGGUUCAAUCAUAUCCAAUGACUUACGACGCUGGAGAGGACGAUGAGGAUGAAGAGGAUAUGAACAUUUCCAUGUUCUUAGAUAGCCCUGAAAAAAGUAUUGAGGAAUCCCAUGGCUCAAGAUCAAUAACAUCAUUUGGAAAUGCUGAAUAUAUACCAGCAUCACUCUUACUUCUCAAACCUCAUAGGUGGUUUCGGAGCAGCGUAAUCCCGGACUGCAAAUUGGUUACUUUUAUGGAAUACGUCAUAUUGUUUCUUUCGUACAUAGAUUUUAUGGCUCUUAUCUAUCAGAUGGCAUUUAUGUCCAUUCCAUACUUUUUCUACAUAUGCGUUUUCAUCGAUAUAAUUUUCUUCUAUAAAAUUUUCUUGGAUAUACAUAGUGGAUAUAUGAACAGAUAUGGAGACUAUAUUUUAAAUCCAAAGAAAGUAAGGAAAAUGUAUUUCUCUAAGGUAUUUCUACGAAGACGUGAUUUUUUAGCCAACAUUCCACUAUGUUACUUGGCCUACGCGUUAACAUUGAAACCGCAAAUGAAACUUGUUUUAUUUUGUUAUAUGAGAUCUCCACAACUAUUCAGGAUUUCAUAUCUAUUCACAUAUAGAACUCAUAGAAAAAUAAGUAUUGGUUCCGCAAACUUGUUUUUUAAGUUAACGACUAUCGCAAUAUGGGCAUCUAUACUCUCACAUGUAAAUGCUUGCUUAUUUUUUAAACUCUCCUGUUUAACCCCGGUACAUUGUACUUCUGCUAAUUGGAUGUCAAAAGAUGAACUUAAUUUACGAACUCAAUAUAUUCAGGCCAAUUAUUUCUCUUUGUACAUCGCUGCUUUAUGGUACAUGAUUAACUUACUAACAAUCACCGGUACAGGUGACGUAUCAUCACAAAAUGAUUUUGAGGUCAUCGAGACUAUUAUUGUCAUAAUAAUAAUUAAAUUCUGUACAGGGCUUCUUAUAUCAGAAAUGUCCGCAAUGAUUACCGCCCACUCGUCUUCUCGUAUAGCAUACGAUUAUGGUAUCAGUGAACUCAGAGACGGUCUCCGGGAUAUGGAUCUUAGUGAUCAUCAAAUGAACAAAAUGUGGGAUUAUGUUAGAGAAUUAUGGAAUAGGCAACAAGGAAGACAGAUACCAGAGUUAGUGUACAAUCUACCGUUCCGACUUCGUUGUCAAGUGAUGCAAGCUGUAUACGGAUGUCACAUUCGAGACUCUAUAAUAUUCAGUAAGACCGACGACGAUUUUCGGAGAAUGUUAGUCAUGUGGAUGCGGCACUGUGUAUUUUUUCCUGGAAACUACAUCGUGCAAUGCGGCGAUUCUGAUCAAUGUAUCUACUUUAUUCACAGAGGAGAGGUUGAAGUUUUAACUGUACAUCCGAAUUUAACUGAAUCUAUAUAUGAUAUACUUGGACCAGAAGACAGCUUUGGUAUAGCUCAGGGCUUAUUUGUUGGAGUCACCCACCAUUUCUCAUUUCGCGCACGCACUGUCGUCGAUAUAGUUUACUUGAAGUUAAAUCAAUGGAAGUAUUUAUUAGAGUUCUACCCUAAAUCUGCAAAGAUAGUGCAGCGUAAAGUUGAAAAUUUGUAUUUGGCAACAUAAUUUUACCUGAAUAAUUAUAAUGCUUACUUGAAUUAUGAAAAUAAAU